CACCUCUCUGCUGUUGCUCUGUUGGCAUGUGUGUUUCAAAGCAAACAGGGAAUGUGGUCUCUAAAGCGAAUGCUAACACAGGCCUCUGUACAGUCAGUAAAAAAUAAGAACUUCGAAAACAGGUGGUGAUUGCUUAGUUCUAGAGAAGCUAUCCAGUUCUGUGAACUUGCAAAAACUAGCAUCCUAAAUGUUGAGAAACGUUUCAAGCACUGUGUUCUUGAGAUCAGUCAAUCAAAACAAAUCAUGUCUGCAUUUACAGGGCACUAGAUGGUAUUCUAUCAUUAUUCCAAGAGAAAUUGGAAUGGUCAGACUGCUUCCAAAAAUGAUGCAAAAUCUCUCACAGAUAAAGAAUGGGCACAAAGACUAACACCACAACAAUAUUCAGUUUGUCGACAAGGAGGAACAGAACAACCUUUUAGUAGUUCUUUGAACAACAACAAAGCACCAGGAAAAUACACUUGUGUUUGCUGUGGAAAUGUCCUAUUCACCUCAGAAACAAAAUAUAAUUCUGGCAGUGGCUGGCCCUCUUUUUAUCAGAGCAUUGAUGGAAGUGUCAUACAACGUUUAGAUACGAGCCAUGGUAUGAUUCGAACUGAAGUUCUGUGUCACAAUUGCUCUGCUCACCUUGGUCAUGUUUUCAAUGAUGGUCCAGAACCAACUGGUUUGCGCUACUGCAUAAAUGGAGUGUGUCUCAAAUUUGUACCAGAAUAAGUAACAACUAUAAAAAUAAAAUUCAUUUAAGAACAGUAUAGCAUAAAUUUGUUCCAAAGCAAGUGGUUAGUUCAAAAUUAUAAUAAAAAAAUAGGUAAGCCUAUGUGAGACAAAACAGUAUCAAUAACUUAAUUUUGAUUUUUCAUAUCAUAUGGUGCACAAACUUGCCUCCCUAUUCAACCUCCCGCUUGCUUAAAGUAUUUGAACAUUAAAUGCAGGAAAUGUCACAAAAGAUAAUGUAUUGUGGCUUAAUGAUGCUUCAAAGUUGUACACUGUUCUAUGCUUUAGGAAUGUGUUCUGCUUCAGCACAGCAAUUGUACAUUCCUUAAUAAUUUGUCAUAAUAGACUUGUAUUUAUCCUUAACAUUUUAUGAAAUAAAAUCUACUGUGUCUAAGA